ACUGAGUCUCAGGUGUGAAGGACACAGGAUUUAAGCACUUGAAGUAUCCAGCCAUGCCUGUCUCACUGAGUCGUAGUGCUUCCACAAGCAGUAUUGCUAAGGCAAACUUCCAAAUUUCAGGUUAUGAUAUGGGGCUGAAUGGUCUGUCUAGCUUUGGCCAAUCUAUCGGCGAUGACCUCUCAAUAUUUGGAAAUGAAAAGUGGACUAUGCAGAAUCUUAACAGCCGUCUGGCAUCGUACCUGGAGAAGGUGCUGUCUUUGGAAAGAGCCAAUGGAAAGCUUGAGCAGCAAAUUAAGGAGUUUUAUGAAAGCAGGUCCUCUACUAGCAGGAAAGAUCUGAGUAAAUACUACGUAAUCAUUGAAGAAUUCCAGAAACAGAUUAUUUCUAGGACUGCAGAAAAACAGCAGGUUUUUGAGAAGUUGGACAGUGCUAAUCUAGCAGCCACUGACUUUAAGAUAAAGUUUGAGAGUGAGAGGAACAUGCGAUUGGCUGUAGAAGCAGACUUGGCUCGUCUGCGCACCAUUCUUGGGGAGACUGAGUUGGCAACCAAAAACCUACAAAUGCAGCUAUCUGGGCUAGAAGAAGAAAUGAUAUUCCUCAAGAAGAGCCAUGAGGAGGACAUGCACUUGCAUCGCACCCAACAGAGCGACACAGUGAAUGUGGAAGUGGACUGCGGUCCAGCUGCAAACCUCGAUCGAGAGCUGGAGGAGAUGCGAAAUCAAUACGAGACACUCAUCCAAAACAACCGCAAACAAAUUGAACAGUGGUUCCAGAGCAAGGCCAAAACACUGAACACUGAAGUGUUAAAAAGCCACACUGAAAUCAAAAGCUCCCAAAAAGCCUUCAGUGACCUGACAAAAACCUACCAGACCCUGGAGAUAGAAAUUAAAGGGAUUCACAAACAGAUUGAAAUCCUGCAGACUGAUCUGGUUCAGGUGGGGGUACGUUCCAGUGAGCAGCUAUCACAGCUGCAAGGGAACAUCGACCGACUAGAGACAGAGCUGCAGCAGAUCACCGCCAGCAUGCAGGAACAGGCCAGGGAGUUCGAGCUGCUCAUGGACAUCAAGAUGAGGCUGGAGCUGGAGAUACAGGAAUACAGGAGGCUGCUUGAGGGAGAAGUUCAUGGAUAUUGCAUCACAGAAGUCGAUUCAACCCAGACUCAAACUUCCCUGACCAAAAUGGCUGUGGUAGAGACGCAAGAGAUUCAAACUGCCGUGACCGAAACGACUGUGGUAGAGACGCAAGAGACUCAAACUGCCGUGACUGAAACGACUGUGGUAGAGACGCAAGAGACUCAAACUGCCGUGACUGAAACGACUGUGGUAGAGACGCAAGCAAUGGAAGAGGAAAAACAUCUCCACCAGAAACGGGUGAGGAUUAUCAUAGAGAAGCUGGUGGAUGGAGUAGUGGUGUCCACAACUGUCGAAGAGAAUGUGCAGGAUUUGCCGAACUGAACAGGAAAUUCAUCUAAUAAUAUGCAUUUGAGUUAUAUCAAAAUAAUUACGCCUUUAAGACUUGGGCCAUUUGGAAUACAGCAUACAUUUGAGUGGUGGAGACUCUUCAAAAUGGUGUUGAGUGAAAUGUUUGGCUUUGGCAUACGAGGUAACAUUUUUAUUUUCAAGCAUAUUGUGUAGCAGCUAUCGCUAUCAGACUCGGGUGGUAGGAAUUUCUUCCUGUUGGAGUGUUGCUGCCUAUUAUAAUGAAAAAAAAAAUAUAUACACAGGCAUAUGAUUUGCUUCCAAAGAUUCUGUUACAAUAAACUAAAUUGUGCAAAUAA